AUGGCCGUCGUCAUCACGUCUGACGACGACACGUUUUUCGGGGCGCCCUUGCGUCGAUCUCAGUCGCAGCCCAAGUUCAACACAAAACGCUCGGGUUUCCACACGUCGGCGUCAACCUCCAGGCUCAGCGACAUCUAUCACCACUCGUCAAAGGCCUUCGACCACUCGGCCCCGUCUUCGGCGCCGUCCUCCCCUCGCGGCAUUCACCUCGAAUCAUCCGAACUAUCGGAUUCUUCUACGCCUGUCACGAAUCCCUCUCUUACAUCGGACAGCGAUGACGAAGAUGUAUUAGAAGCCGCUAUUUCGAGGAGAGGCUUUGGGGGCCGCCUUCCGCAUUAUGAGGAGGAUAUGGGUUACUUCAACCAUGUGGAGCAUUCGGGACCCCCACCCAGCCCACGAACAGAUCAGUCGUACACUUCCUCGCCGUCUGGAAAUGAUACGUCUACUCCCACUUCCCGUCCGGAGAGUCCGGAGCUGGUUUAUGAAAGGGCUGAGGACGACAUAGCGAUUAAAAUACAGCCUUCCAGGCAUGUGGACUAUCUCUCGCACAACUGGCGCGAGGAGGACAUCUGGUCAUCUUGGAAGCAUAUUGUUGCUAGAAGGGGAGAUUAUGCCAACUCGGCUCGGCUAGAGAAUGCCUCUUGGAGAACGUGGAUGAAGUCUAAGAACAACCUCGGCACAGUUUCUCCAGAGACGUUGAACUGGCUGAAAGAUUGCGAUGUGACAUGGCUAUACGGGCCCUUGCAGACCGGUGCUUCAAUACACUCCAACAACUCGAGUAACAAUAGUGCAAGGAUGUCCAAGACAAACUCGUUCGCGAAAAAGCCCAUUCUGAAGAAGAGGAGCAUGUCGGAGCUUAUGCUUCAGAGAUCUCUAUCCGCUUCAUCACUCGUCAAACAGGCGGCGGCAGCUGUACAAGCGCAGCAGAAAGGAUGUCUCAAGAAGACAGGUCGACGACCUGGUCUAGACCGAGCCAACACCGAUUUUGUCACAUUCCCAUUCUCCUCGCGCGGCCUCAGCACUGACAACAGUCUGUUUCCGACGGCCGUGUCUUCCGGUCUUGUAUCUCCUAGCGGUGAGCGAAAGCACAUCCACUUCAACGAGCAGGUAGCACAGUGCAUUGCUGUGGAAAUCAAAGGGGAUGAUGAUGAAGACGACAUCGAGCCCGAAAUCAACUACAACAGCGAUUCGGAUGACGGCGCCAUCAUGAUGAAGCGGACUAAAGGGAAGAAGCUGAGACCUGUUUUGAAGAAGACAAAGAGUCACAGCCACAGCGGUGGAGAGAGCAAGACAAUUGCCAUGCUACCCUCAACUACCCUCAAAUAUCGGGAGGACACCCCCGAACCAACGGAAUCGGCCAUGAAGCACAGCACUGGUGUGUUUAGGGGAACAGUAUUGUCCCCUUCCUCAUCUCAGGAGACGUUACGUCCGGCCAAGAAGUCCGGCAGAUUUUUUGUUGACAGCGAUGACGAGGAGGAUGAAGACGAUGAGGAACCAACGUCAACAUGGUCCUCUGCAAAGUCCGCGGAAGGAUCGCUCGGCGGACUCCGACGUUCAACUUCGUCUGCCAGUCUUUCAAAAGAACCAGCUGGCAUGAGGAGAACCGAGUCGGGCAUGUUCAUGCCAUACGAGCAAGGCGAAAACUCGAACAGUGAAGGCCUUCUAGGCCGGGUCAUUGAUACGAAGGAGGCCACGGCGAACAAACUAAACACGCAACGAUUUCGACUCGGCUGA